GCACAGGCUUGAGACGGGAGCAGGUGCCAGGAAGAGACAUCAGGCGGUACAUCGACCAGCCUGUUAACCUCCACACUUACCUCCCCACCAUCUUAGUCGGGUAGCCUGCGCUCAGCCAUGGCGGCGCAGGCCUCGGCCAUCUCGUCUAUCCAUGUGGCCACGGCGCCGUCGUUUGGCCACCCGCAUGCUCCAGCUGACGCAUCGUACUCGUACGAGGAGUACUCGGAGUCGUCAGGGGUGGAGAACCUGCUGUCCGGGACGGCGACGGCGGCCAACACGACGACGGUGCCGCAGUCGCAGAAGCAGAUUGUCUUUGCCACGCUGGACGAUCCCGAGUACUCGGCAAUUGCAUUUUGGGUCAACGUCUUUAUCCUGGUCCUCAUUCUGGUCUCUACGGCCGUCUUUUGCGUCUCAUCGCUGCCGCAGUACGUUGAGGAUACGCCGUCGUCGCUGGUCUGGCUGGAGAUUGUGUGUGUCGGCGUCUUCACCAUCGAGUACGUGACCAAGCUCCUGACAUGCGACAACGUGUGGCAGUUUGUCAAGGGUCCCAUGAACAUUGUCGAUCUUGCUGCCAUUCUCCCGUUUUACAUCGAGCUUGCGCUCUCGGGCAACAACCUUGGCUCGUUUGCCGUCAUCCGCGUCGUCCGCCUCACCCGGGUCUUCCGCCUCUUCAAGCUCUCCAAGUACUCCAAGGGCUUUGGACUAGUGACCCAGGCGCUGAUGGCAUCGCUGGACGCUCUCGGCCUACUUGUCUUUCUCUUCCUCCUCGCCGUUGUCUUCUUCUCGUCAGGCCUGUACUACGCCGAGCUCUCCGAGUCGACCUACGACGACGCACAGCAGCGCUGGAUCCGCUCCGACGGCAAGGUCUCACCGUUCCAGUCGAUUCCGGCGUGUUUCUGGUGGUCGGUUGUGACUAUGACCACAGUAGGCUACGGCGACCACGUCCCGCUCUCGACCGCCGGCCGGCUGGUCGCGUCGGUGACCAUGAUCUCGGGUGUACUCCUCAUUUCGUUCCCCAUCACUGUCAUUGGCUCAAACUUUGCCAAGGGCAAGUCGGCUGAGACGCUUGCCUACCUCGACUCGGAGCAAAAGCAGGUCAUCAAGUCGCUUGCCGAGGUUCAUGCUGUCCUCGAGGUUCUUCACACCAAGCAACACAACAUUAACUUGGUGGUCCGCGCCCUCCAGGCCCGCCUCCACCAGGCUGGCCACCUCACAUGA